GCAUGGGCUGCAUGGGCGGCGGUAUGGGUGGCAUGGGCACCGUCGGCAUGUACAGCAUGCAACCAGGCGGCCUGUCAUCCGAUGCGUACGUAGACAAAAUUCUCCGGCCGCUCGAUGCAGAGCACUACUCGGCUGCAGGCCUCGUGCCGUAUCGCAAGAGACCUGGCGGCGUGGAGUUGCUGCUCGCGC